AUGAACAGCAACAGCACAGUUGACCCGCACGAACAACAGCAAGGACCUUCAGUUCACACUGGAAACCAGAAUCAACAUCGCUCUCAAACCGACCCAAACACCCGACUUUCCGAGUUCUUUCGCAGUGACGGGUACUUGGAAGGUAACAACACCCUAUCGCAGCCAAAUACGUCCAAACAGUCCAUAACCAAAUUAACCAACAAACACACGACAAAGAGCAACACCACAACUAAAAAACGAAGAACAACCACAUCACGAGCUUGUGAUGUCUGUGCAUUGAGAAAAGUGAGAUGUGGACCAACCACGCCCUGUGCCCAUUGCAAAGCUAACGGGUUGGUUUGUACGAGGAAUCGAGAACGCAAGAAAUCGGGGCCAAAAGCAUUAUCGAAAAAGACCCUUGAUUCAAUCAAUAAUCUAAGCGAGGUGAUUGAACUUAAUACAAAUGGUGGCGGAGGAGGUGGUGGUGGUACGAAUUGGACAGCAAGACCGGAGUUGGCGUCACGACACUCGUCUACUAAUUCGCAAAGCCCAAGUAUGAUUGAAGAAGAAACUGCUUCUUCGUCGCAUCACUCGACUCCAUCGUUAAGUACUAGAUCAUCGGUUCCACAGCCUUCAGUGACGCCAAUCCCACCACAACUGGGGAGAGACGGCAGCUACGACCACGGAGGAAACUACCAAUCUGCAACAAGCCAGAUGCGUACGCUCAGCAACGAUACCGAAACGACAUCAGAAGAGUACCUCGUUACACCCUACCAUUUAAUCGAGAAUCUAAACUUGAUUGGAGAGGAGCCGUCGAUAUACGAGUUACUAGUACCCUUGACUGUCAAAUCGGUGUUGACGAAAUAUUCCGGAUUGGUGGCGUUCCUCAAUGCACACUAUCCAAACAUCACCAACAAGGACGGAGUCAAUCUCCAUUUUCUCGAAAUCAACUUGGUCCAACACCACGACGACUCUCUUUACUUAUCCACUCUACUCAUAAUUAUCACAUUGAAUCAAAUCAUUGCUGAGAUUCUCAUCAAGUUGAAAAAACAGAAAUUUAAGAAAUUUGUUAGGUACACCAAAAAGAAACUUGCAUAUCGACCAUUCAAGACUUUCAAGAACUUGUGCCAUUUUAAAGUAUUGGAGAUAUUUUCCCUCAUUGAAAAGAAUUUCAUUGUGCCGUCCAUAAUCCCCAGAAACAAGGCUUCUUCUAAUGGGAAUAAUGGGAACCAGAAUCUUUUUGCCCACUUGAGUCAAUACCAAAUCUACUACAAUUUAUCUCUCUCCAAUAUGCAAUUGUGCAAUUACAACCAUAUUUUGAAUUUGACAAACACCCUCAACACAUCAAUCGACUGCUACAAUGCAUACGGGAACGAAGCUCAAGAACAUCAAAAGUUGUUGUAUUUAGGUCGUGCCAUUUGCAAUUUCCAGUUGAUUAAUGUCAAGGAGAAUGAUUCCCUUGUGCCUAUUCGCGAAUUGUACGAGUUGAUUUACACAUUUGAACGAUACUACAUUCUAUUCAGCUCAUACAAUUACAAUGUCAACGUGUUGCGAAACAAUGACAUUAUGUUGCACUUGAAAAGUGACAAGUACCGUGGAGAAGGAUACCCGUAUGAGUUGAUGCACAUUAUUGCCGAGCUGGGGUUGGUACCGUCCUUGUGUCGCAACACGUGGCUAAAUGUGCUGUUGGAAUUUGAUAAACCGCAUCCGGGCUAUUUCGAAUUGAAGGGCAGAAUAGAUGCAUUGAGAUGCACCGAUUACAUGUGGCUUAUCCUUCGCGAAGUCUUGUUAUUCAAGAUUAUGCUACUACGGCCAUUGAAUUUUGAUCAAAGUAAAUUGGAAAUUGUACGAAUAAUUGAUUCAAUUAGCAAUAGCUUGGAAAGUGCCGAUUCAGAUAUUUUCAAAGUAAAAGUAUCCAAUUAUCAAAUCUUGCAACCGUUGUUGCACAUUUUGAAAAUUUUCCUCGAAAUUAAACAAGUCGAGGUGCGGUUGGGCAAACUGGUUAAUAUCCAAGACCAAGAGUUAUUGGUUCGAUAUACUGAACUUUUGAUCACUCAUUUACCGUUUUUCAACAAUAUCAACAAGUUGAUUCGAGCACACCGGAUUCUCAAUAAUUGGUUCUUGAUGUUGAGCGAGGUAAAGAAGGAGAGCAGUGAGCAGCAGCCAUUGCAGAUUUACCAACCACCAGCAACAACCACAACAGCAGCUACAGAAGGAGGUGCAACACCAAUAGGUACACCCGCAGCACCAGUGGCGGCGACAUCUCAGAUCAAUUCAGAGUUGCCAUUGCCAUUGCACACAGGAAUUACACCACAAGCACAAGCACAAGCACAAGCACAAUCACAAGCACAAUCACAAGCACAAUCACAGUCAUUGCAACCGCAACAGCGAAUAGCAUCGCAAAUAGACGUGAACGAGUUGAUGAGAGACUUUACAGUGUCUAGAUUAGAUGGUCCUGACUUUGAAGUCAACAAUCCCACCCCAUCUAUUCAGUACAGAGCUGAUGACGACGAAGACGACGAAGAGCAAGAUUUCUUCACCAUUGUGCCCAAAAAUGAACACGGUCAUAAAUUUGUUGUCAACCAACAAGCAUCAUCAGCAGGCAACUUUGUGGCUAAUAAUAACGACGUCGCUCCACUGCAGCCCCAAACACCACAGUUCAAUUUCCCCACUGUGGGUGGUGUUGGUGGUAGUAAUACCAAUCUACCUAUGAGUGCUAGCACCAGAAGUUUCUUUUCGUUGCUUAAUGCUACAAGUUAUGUUGAGGAUAAUAAUCAGUUGGACGGGAAUGGUGAAAGAGGUAACUUGACAGGUUCCAGUUUUUUCAAUUUGAGUAAUCUUAGGUAG